AUGUCGUUGGGUGCGUUCGUCGCUGGUGUGGCGGUCGGGGGACUGCGCUACGGUGCGGUCAAGCUCCAGCUGCAGGAGCGGGAGGACGUCGUGUUGUACUCGGCGAGACAGGUCAAGGAGAGCUUCAGUGGGCAUGGCCAUACGCAGCUCAAUUAUUGUCGGUAUGAAGCACUGCCAAGUCGGGAGCAUGUAUACUACACGUACGUGCGUGAAGGGUGGAACGCCAAGGUGCUGGCGCUCCGUACGAAGAUGGACGAGGGCUUUUCGACCAAGUAA